GGGCUUCUAAAGUUAACAGCAAUUGCUCAUAAAUGGUGAGCGAUAUCCUGAUUCCUUUAUUUUACAUCCUAGCCAGUACUCUGAUUUGGUUCUAUAUUUUGGUAGGAUUUCAGUUGUUGCAUCUUUAACAAGGCUGAGGGCUCUUGAGCAUCUUUCAGGUAUAAUACUAAUGUAGAAUGUUAUGGCUAUAGACUCCAUGUUGCUUUUUCUUUCAGUAAUUAUGAUAACAAUGCUACUUUCUUAAUUAUGCUAGGGAAGUCUUAUUUUUGGGCCAUUGGUCUAAUCCUAGCUAGAUCUGUACUUUUUGCAUGAAAAAAAACUGAGGUUUGGGAAAUAACAUAUUCUGGUGAUUUUAUGAAUCAAUAAUUAUAGGGGCUAGACUUGUGGAGAGAAAUUAUAGAAUUCAGAACAGAUGCAGAGGUGAAGAGGAUGAGAUGAUAUCCAAAAAUAACUUAUUAACUCAUUUUUACUUAAAAUACCACGAAUAAUAAUGGUUAAUAAUUUACCUAUUUGUGAUUUCAUAAUGGAAAUCUGAAUCAUAAGGGAUA